UCACUUUCUUCAAAAUGGCUACAACAAUGGCCAGCGGCGUUCCAACGGAGGAAUACUGCCGUUGUUGUCUGACAGAAGUGUCUGAUCUACUAUUCGAUGUGUUUGCCAUUCUAGAGGAAUCCAAGGGUCCGAUCUGCGAGUUAAUUGCCACGAUUUGCGGAAUCACCAUUACGGAAAACGACGAGACGUCGAAAAACAUUUGCGGCGACUGUUUGAGAGAUUUGGUCAACACGUUCCGAUUCCGUGAGCGCUGUCUUCGUGCUAAUCAGAUCGUACAACCAAAACCAGUUCAGGACGCCGUGGUACCUCAAGUAGAAAAAUGUGAUCCGGAAUUGACUGAGGAGAAUCUGGCUAACGCUGAGAAGGCAACUGUUUCGAAGGAAGAUAAGGAAACGCAAACAGACAAAGUUGUCAACGUGCAGCAGAACAAACCGAAGAAAAGUUUCAAGUACUACAAGUACCGUAGUACAUUCGCUAACAAACAUAAGCCGUCGGGUAAUUUUCGUAUUCACAAAUGUCCGUUUCAGUGCAACAUCUGCUGGAGAAGAUUUAAACAACCGCAGGAUCUGCUGAUGCACAGAGGCUCUUCCCAUCUCGCAGGCGACCAUUUCGGCAAAAUCACCUUGAACCUGAACCAUCGGGGACAGUGGUUCUAAUCCAAUCCGUCGGAAUGAGCUGUACAUUGGCUUCAAAAUGUUUUAAUACUUGACUUAACAGAACUGAUUUUAAAAAUACAUAAAUAA